GUGAAGUGCCGGCAAACACUUAACGCCUGGCUCUCCGGGAGAACAAGCCCUGAUGUGUCCCAUUUGCCAAUUUCCAUGGUGUAAAGACUUCCACCAUGGUCGGAUUACAACCACCAACUUGAGGUCACUAAACCGGGAGUUUGGAAGAGAAGCCGGCGGUCAGCUCUCAGAAGCCAGUGCCAGCUUGCUCCAGCUCACCCCUGAGAAGGACUCCAAAACUGGUUCUCCGUUUUCUCGGUUGGUGUCUGCCUCCAGGACUAUACGUUCUUCAAACAACUGGCCUGCGAGCUCCUUUUCAAACUGGACCCAAAUCUUCAAAGGACAGAGAAAGGAAGAUUAUCUACUUACCAAAGCAGUCACUGGGGAAAGUGGGGUAUCUCAAAUCUCUUCCACCUCAAGGCCUGCUCAUCCCAACUUCCGGUUGUACUUCCUCUAUGGAAAGAUGAAGCAAUACUCUUUGAGCCAUCUGUGUUCCCCUCAGGGAUGGUGGUCUUCAAAAACGGCAACCCAAGAAGGUCGGGGUCGGCCACUGUUACCAGGCCUCAAGCCCAUAACCAGAAGUGGAUUUGUUCUCCAUGGGCACCUCCUUUUUUCCAGCCCUCCCCACUCAUUGCUGAAUAAUACAGAGCCAGGGCCCAAGGUGCAACCAAUGCCAUACACUCUUGAGUACACAGGGGAGAGAGAGCUGACAUGUUUUGGACACUGCGUGCCAGACAUCAGUGUAUACAUGUAACUUCAUUUGCAUCCUACCGGCACCCUAUCAGCACCCAACCACUAUACUACACAACCCUACACCACCUUACACCACCCUACU